AUGCUCAAACCAAAUCCCGGAAGAAGUGUGGCGGCUUGGAAUCUAGCCGGAUACCUACCGAACGGCGGAGACGGAGACUCCGGUUUACUAGGAGGUGGUUCGGGGACGGUGAGGGGUUGUGCCUCUUCUUUUCUCCGCCGGAGGACGGUGAAGAGUGGAAUCUCUGUGCCUGAGACUGACCAAACGAAGAAAAGAUCAGCGGAGGAUAACACACAGGUCGGUGGUUCGAUGGCUUCCAAGAGGCAGAAGAAGGAUAAAGACAACUGUGCCGAUCCUCCCCGUGAAAUGACGGAGUUGUUCGACGCAUGUGAGCGCCGGAUGGUAAAGUCGCAUAGCGUCGUGAAACAUACGAUCUUGUUGUUAGAUCGUGACCUCCAAGCAGCGCAGAAGAGUGUAGGCGAGCUUUCCAAGAAGAAUGAGGCUCUUCAAGCUGAGAACGUCCAGUUUAAGACGGAGCUGAUAGGUUCCAAAGACACUGUGGUUACUUUGGAGGCUGAGAAAGCGAGACUUGCUGCUGAGCUGGACUUGGAAACGAAGCCUGUUGUUUUUCGUCGUGUGGUAAAACUAAAAGUAAAACCGUAA